AUGGCAAACAAUAGUUAUGAUCAUCAUAUGCAAGAAGACGUGGUAAUUGAAAUUCUCUCGAGGCUGCCUGUAAAAUCAUUACUACGGUUUCGGUGUGUUUGCAAAUAUUGGUGUAUUCUACUCAAAAACUCUAAUUUCAUUAACAAGCAGCUCAAUCACCAAAACCGCAGUGCCUAUCUCCUUGUUGAACGGUACAGCUACGGCACCCAUAUAUAUGCUUUAGCUCUGUUUCACGUUGAACCACCUAUCAGCAUGCCCAUUGUUUAUCAUGAUCUUGAAGAUCCUCAUACGGCCAAAAAUCCAUCAAUUAUCGAUACAUGUAAUGGUGUAAUUUGUUUUUGGGAUGGGCAUGAAUUUGCAUUGUGGAACCCCAACAUAAGAGAAUUCAAAUCUCUCCCUGUAUCCUAUCCCAACCUUCCACCCUAUACGAAGGCAUACUGUGAAUAUUUUGGAUUUGGGUUAGACCCAGUGACAAAUAACUACAAGGUGGUCUGGAUUCAGUUUCUUUGGGAUGAAAAAGAUGAUUUUCCACACGAUCCUGCAGUUGUUUUAGUGUAUAACCAAGGUACUGAUACUUGGACACCGGUUGAAACUGAUUUCAGCCAGGCUGACAACUUGAGUGAGUCUUUAGGCAACACAUGCAUAAAUGGAGUUUAUCAUUGGCUAGUCAGUGACAGUGAUUUUAGCAACCAUAUGGUCCUUCAGUUUGACAUGAAAAAGGAUGCUUUCCAAAAGAUAUUGGAACCACCAUAUAUUCAGAAUUCACAAAUAGGCUAUCUUGCCUUCUACAACGAAUCUAUUGCUAUGGUGAUUUAUGAUCCUAAUGAAAUAGAGAAGCAAUUUGACAUAUGGGUGAUGAUGGAGGAAGGAUAUUGGACUAAACAAUUAACUAUCGGGCCCUUUUCAGAUGUCGAGGGACCACUUGGUUGCUCGAAAAAGGGAGAUUUCAUUUUUUAUUCUAACAUUUCACAUUUGGUUAUUUACAACCCUAUUACCAAAGAAAUUAAGUACGAUGAACCUCACGGAGAACUCUAUAGCCUUAAGGUUUUUGUCUAUGAAGAGAGCCUAGCUUCAGUUAAAGGGGAAAACGAAUGCUCGGAAGGGGAAAACACGCUAUGGUCCGAGCUGAAGUGUUUUUCACGUUCCAUCCGCCUGUUGUAG